AUGCUCGGCCGACUCCUGAACACCGCAGCUACGACAUUGAACCCGUCGGCAUAUUCCAACAAACCAACCACACAACUGGAUUCAGUUACCGAAGAGGAACAUACGUCCGGCCUUUUAUUUCCUGAUGUCAACCAACUACGACGCUCAAACACGAAUAACUUUCCUCUCCAAACCGCCUUUAGUUCUCCCAAUGCUUCCGCAGCUGGUGCCUACGAUGACCGGGGCGGAGUGGAGUUGGACCCCCUCAAGGAUUUUCGAGUUAUAAUCGCCCAAAAUUCUCUUGGUGACAGAGAGCCAUGCAUUCUACUCGAUACUCGCGCUGAUACAUCAGAACCAACAUCUCCUGGACUUGGACUGGAUCCUCAGGUUCUCAAAAACUCUGGCCCUAGACAUCAUGCUCGUACCGUCUCAACCGUUUCAUCCCUCUCCCGAGGACGACGUGGUCUUGUGUCUCAGUCGUCAAUGAUAGACCAGAGUCCGCUUUCAAUGGCAGCGGAAGCGCGCAGGACGUCACCAGUAACUUCAAGUGCUUUCACUCGUGCUCGCGGCCGUAGUUCCACAUUGGCCCAAGCUGGGGGACUUCAAGAGCCUGCGCAUUCCCGCCACAGCCCAUCCGAUAUGAACGAUGCCGGAUUGUUGAACUGCAUCUUCGGCAGCAGUGCAUUCAGCUAUCGAGGUUCCUCUACGAAGAUGCAUAUCAUUUCUGCAGAUGAUGAAACUGGAGUGACAGCAGGUGCAUCACCUGCGACCCGCAAUUCGUUUAUUCGCUCGUACACCGCUGGGAGUCCCUCCGGAUUUGCCAGCAAUAAUGGCCGUGCCGAUUACAAACCUCGGUCAAAAGUCACCAUUCUCUUGACGAGAAUGUUCAGUGUCAAUUUACCCGAGGCGGGUGAGAUAUCUUCCGAGGGACCAGACUUCGCGGCGUCAUUCCACCAAGAGUCACUUCCUGAGAUUGGAUUCCCUUUUCCUGAUGUUAGCAAGCGCAAAAAGGUCAAGGAGAAGAAAACUCCAAUGUACGCAGUCGCCAUUGCAAUCCAGAUCCCGGUCCUAUCCCGCAACGCCGCACGACCAGGAUCGCGCUUCAGUACUCCCGGCCAGGACUCUCCCAGGCCAGGGUUGGCAUGCUCCUUGGACUCUGAUUAUCGAUGGCGAGGAGGAUUCCUUGAUGACACACUUGCAUCUGCGCCUCCUAGCUUGGACGAGCGGAUUGACAUGUUGGUGGACCAUUGGGACGUUGUCAACCGCACACUCUCUCACCUCGAGAGACUAUCACGAAGCGAGAUUCUCUUCCUGUUGAAGCGAGUAGACUCUGCCGGGAUGCACCCAAAACCCGCCAAGCCUCCGAAUAUGCAACGGACCAAUCAGACGUUCCUUCACCUGCCGGCGAAUGUCUUGGCAAUAAACUCGAAGCUGAUGGGUGAGGCUGUCCGGAGUGCUCGUCGUAUUAGUACUGCACUCCAGAUACCAAAUGUUGUUACGGGCCAAAGCCGCUGGGGUGUGUGGCGCGAGGAGGGUCGUUCUAUCGUGCGCAGCCUUGGUGAUAAGGACCACAGCUUUUUCUUUCUCGUCCUAAUUACCGCCUUUCUGGGGAAUCAUACCGAGUGGCUGAACGCUUUGGGACCCGAUUGGUACAGACGUCGACACUAUUUGCAGCAAAAAGCCCAACAGGAUGCCGAGCCGGCGCUUCCUUACAGAACAGUGAUUGUUUGUCCCGACAAGAUGACUGCCAGGCGCCUCAUCUUCCUGCUUUCGGCAUUUCUCCCACCCAAGCAGCGCCUCGAACCGCUCCCAUCACCGCUCAGACCAGGUACCGCUGCUUCCACCCGUGCUGUCUCGCAGAGCCCGCCCAGCAUACCUGUCCUGCGUUCAGAGCCCCUUCGUAAAGCCAUCGAACGGCGUUCUCGUGCUCAACGGUUGAACAUGACUGAUCGAGAUCAACAUCACCGAUCUGUUAGUGCUUCAUCCAAUGAGACAGCCCACCGGUCCACGGAUGAUGCUGAAUCUACUGACGUCAUACAUCGCCGAGGUUCAGAUGCUCGCUCCAUUCGGACCGUCGGAAUACCAAUGCACGCAAGGGAUGCACGUAGUAACAAUAUUAGCACCCCUACAACAUCAACCGCCAAUCCUUCAAGUGCAGUUCCUGUGCCCCAUUUUGCUUCACAAGGACGGCUUGAAAGAGAGGGCUCUGAUCAAGAUCUUGGUGAAGACAGUUUGGCUUCCGAGACGCUAUUGAAGAACUUGCAAAGAAGUGAGAGCUCAGCUACUAGCGUCAAUAGCAGUGUGCCCUCUGCGGGAGGCCGAUGGGGCAGUCUCUUCAGUGGGCUCUGGAGCUCUCGCCAAGAGUCGUCCGACAAAGGCGGUGCUGGGUUUUCGAAAGAGCCCCGCCAUCGCUCGGCCUCUGUGUAUACCAUGCCGGCCAAAAGAAAUCCUCCAACCCUCAGCCAAAUGGUUGAAGAGGUUUCGGAAGAACCUACUCAUAUUGCCACAAGUGCCAAUAUCUCUAUCCCCCACUCUUCGAAUUCUCAGCGAAAAUUCGAAGAUGGCCCUCAAGAUCUCUCAUCAACAACAGACAACACCAAGGAGACUUUGUUGAAACUGUCCGUGCGGGAAGACGAUGGGAUUGUGGAUGUAGAGCUACCUCUUCCUGGGUUCGUCUCGCUUUCUUCUUCCGGUGACUCCACUAUGGCAUCGCCAAAAAAGACGCGAACGUCCGUGACAAGCGUCGAUGCGCUUGCAUCCACGCACAGCAGCGGCUCAGGCCUCCACCAUCACCAGGCAAAAGACAAUGAUGGGCCGAAUAUCAACGUCGCUGGUUGGUUGAAAAACUUUCACGACGAUUACUUGCUCCAGGGUGUACGGCCCUAUUCCAACUUAGAAGCUGAUGUCAAGCGUGCGAUGCAGUCCGAGCCUACUCCGAACAAUGCUGCAGCAUUGGACACUGACGGAUCUGAAAAAUGGGUGGAUGUUGCCACAACUUUGAUUGCAGAUGUGCGGACCUUUUCAGUCAAGCGCCUGCGUCUUCGACGUCGGAUUACUGGCGGGAAUUCCCUGAAAUCUCCUACAUCGCCGCCUAGCCUGUCUAACCCGGGUACUCCUCGUCACUUUUCUGGCGGUUCUAUAUCUACCUCGCAGAUCAGUGGCUACUUUUCUUCUGCCAUGAGUUCGGCCAAAUCCUUUCCUAGAAUACGCGCAGAGGGGCUCCAUUUCGGGGAGGUGGAGGAGAAAUUCACAGAGGAACCUGUUAUGGACUUGGACGGAACUCUUGUUGAUGCUCUGGAGCGUGUACUUGCCCAGAGCGGACCGUCAUCGUUGGCGCCUACCCGCGCCCCUUCGCCGACUCGGUCUCGCAAGGAGAAUGAUAGGGCUGCCGACACCAUGACUAUGCGGGAUGACAUCCCUACCGUUGAAGCUCCUCGUGCCGAGUGUCGUCGGCUAGUUCUAGGUGCAUUAGAAGAGGUAGUCCGCAGCGUGGCAGCCGAACAUUGCCGCGAGGAUGACGGAGAGCUCAAUCUAGCGGAUAGAGAGCGCAAGCGGUUGUUGACGGGAGCGGAUAAUACGUUAAGAGAAGGUGUUCGCAAAUGGCUUCUGGAUGUUGAGGAAGCCUGGUAG